AAAAAAAAAAAAAAAAAACCAACAACAACCACCUAUCUCCCCGACAAUCCCCGAUUUUCUCCUGCGAUGCCUGCGAUCGGAUAGACACCCGCAACCCAGCUGCCUACGAUGGCGUCGUCGAACCACGGGGGUCGCGAGAACAGAGACGACCAGCCGUCGGGGGUGCAGCCCAUCCCGCUGCAGGAUCUGUCGCGACCGGCCGAUGCAGGGGAGCGUGGCCGGCGGCGGACGAGCAGCGCGGCGAGCCGGUUUCUAUCUCGACGCUCGCUGGUGGGAGGAGCGUCGUUUAGGAAUUACGAGAGGAUCUCCGAUGCGUCGCCCAUUGUCGAUGGAAGGGUUGAGGUCGACUUCCCGGACGCCAACGCCCGUGCCUCGCCCUACGUGGACACAACAGCAGAGAACCCUCAGCAGAAUGAUCAUCAUAAUAACAAUACGCAUGCGGUGGACGAUCUGGGGGGAUUUGCACGGGCGAUGUCCUCGGUUGGACUCAGUUUCGAGAGCCCGCAGCAGCGUACAACCCCGCUGUCAAGAUUCCCGUCCGGCUCCUACAAUCACGACGACGACAUGGAUACAGUCCCUCUCGAUACCUACACCACCUUCGAUGAGUCGGACCAGUCGUUCCCAGCGGCCGACACGAACGAGGACACUGCUCCCUUGACCGAUCGAAGAUACCUGCAGCCGAUCAGUGGCGCGGCGGCAGCGGCGCAUGCAGACCUCAUGGGAGAUGACCGAAGCGACCGGACGGGAUCCCGGCUGGGAGAUGACUUGCCGCACUUGGAGAGUGGUUUGGGUGGGAGACGUCGGGGGAGUGCCAGUACAGGCGAUCGGUCUCGCUCGCUGUCGCCGUCAGCGGCAUCGGCGUCCGGGGCUAUUCACCGAGCGAGCUCCAUGAUGAAGUCCAUGUCCCAACGAAUCGUCAAUCUGAGUAACGAACCAGAGGUGGUGGAACAGUCUAUUAUACGGGAGGAACAAUGGAAGAACUCGCGCCUCGAUGCGCCACCGUCGCUCCCCGCCAUGUCCGAAUACGCUCAUGACUCGCUGCACGGUGGCGGGAUAUUCACCUCCCGCAGCUCUGCUGAGAAACGAUCAACGGGGACAGCAUGGAGGAUCCGGAACAACCCGCUGAGAGGGAAGUCGCUCGGGAUCCUGUCUCCCACCAACCCGAUCCGAACACGGCUAUGUGAUGUGCUGGUUCAUCCCUUCACCGAACCCUUCAUCCUCGUCGUCAUCUUCAUCCAAACCAUCCUGCUAGCAAUCGAAUCAAGCAAAUCAGUCUGGGCCAGCUCGCGCUCAACCCGCUGGGGAGAGGCUCCCAUGGAUUAUGUCUUUUGCGCCAUCUUCAUCAUCUAUACCCUCGAAAUUGUCGCAAAGGUGUUGGUCUCCGGCUUCGUCAUCAACCCUAGAGAAUAUAGUACGUUGAAUCGAUCCCUCGGGCUCAGGAAAGCCAUGACGGAAAGAGGGAAAGCCAUCAUCACUCCGCAGAGGCAGCUGUCCACCAAAAGGCCGACCACGGCUGCCCCGGAUCCUCAGGCUUCUAUAUUACGUACCUUCACCGGAUUGAACCAAUACGAGGAAGAGGUGAUGAUUAACGAUCCUCUCCACAAACGACGGGUUCGACUGGCUCAUCGCGCUUUCCUGCGGCAUUCCUUCAACCGUGUCGACUUUGUCGCUCUGGUCUCGUACUGGAUCUCAUUCUGGCUUUCCUUGGAGGGAUUGGAGUCUCGGAAUCAACUUUAUGUGUUCCGGAUGCUGAGCUGUCUGCGGAUCUUGCGUCUUCUUUCCCUGACGAAUGGCACGUCAGUCAUCAUCCGAAGUCUUAAGAAAGCAGCUCCAUUGCUGGGACAUGUGGCUUUUCUUAUUUCCUUCUUCUGGCUCCUUUUCGCAAUCGUAGGGGUCCAGAGCUUCAAGUCCAGUCUGCGGCGGACCUGUGUCUGGGUUGAUCCUGAGGGGCAAAGCAAUUUCACGCUGAACGAUCCAUACAAUGUUCUCCAAUUCUGUGGCGGAUAUUUGAAUGCAAGUACUGGGGCGGGGAUGCAGUGGCUGAAGGCCGAUGGCUCGGCUUCAGGAUAUGGACCCAAAGGAUAUCUCUGUCCUCAAGGCUCCCUCUGUGUGGAAGGCGACAACCCCUACAACGCUACCAUGAGCUUCGACAAUAUUGCCAAUUCACUAGAGCUCGUCUUCGUCGUCAUGAGCUCAAACACCUUUACGGAUAUUCUGUAUUAUACCACAGACAGCGACUACCUCGCGUCUGCCUUGUUCUUCGCCCUGGGCAUCGUGAUCCUCGGCCUGUGGCUGGUCAAUUUGUUGGUCGCGGUCAUUACGCACUCCUUUCAGGUCAUCCGUGAGGAAAGCAAACGGAGCGCCUUUGCUGUGAAAAACAUCGACAAUGUCGACGAGGAGGACCUGUCCUCGCGCAAGGUCAGCACCCUCAAACGCGUGUACGACAGGACCGAGUUUUUCUGGGUCUGCCUCAUUACCUUUGACCUUGUGGUGCAGGCUAUGCGGAGCGCGUCCAUGGGAAAUGAUCGCACGCAGUUCAUCGAAAACACUGAGAUCGUCGUCACUCUAGGCCUACUGCUCGAAAUCAUCAUUCGUUUUGUCUCCGACUGGCGUGCAUUCCACACGAAGCGCCGUAAUUGGGUCGAUCUAGGGCUCGUGGUGGUCACUUGCAUCAUCCAGGUCCCUGCUAUCAAGAACCACCAGGGCCCGUAUGCUGUCCUCACGCUUUUCCAGAUUCUCCGAGUGUACCGGGUUGUCCUCGCGAUCCCAGUGACAAGGAACCUUAUCCUUGUUGUGUUCAGCAACACGGUAGGUUUGCUCAACCUCAUCGUUUUCGUGUUCUUGAUCACUUUCCUCGCGGCCAUCUUUGCGUCUCAGCUGUUCCGUGGGCAAAUUCCAGAGUACGACCCAAGCGGCAACCUCAUCGAGAUGGAUUUUUCCGACAUUUAUCUCUCCUUCCUGGGAAUGUACCAAUUGUUGUCAAGCGAGAAUUGGACAACUAUUCUGUACAAUGCGACAGCGUAUACCACGCACUUCAAGACAGCUUGGAUUUCGGCAAUCUUCUUCAUCCUGUGGUUCAUCGUCGCCAACUUCAUCGUCCUCAACAUGUUCAUUGCUGUCAUCCAGGAGAGUUUUGAUGUGUCAGAGGAUGAAAAACGACUCCACCAGGUUAAAGCGUUCUUGGAGCAGAAACAAGUCAGUUCAUCGUCUCAGGGUAACCUUUCGCUCUCGACGAUUUUGAAGCUGGGUCGCGACUCGAGCCGAUAUAAAGACCCGCUGGAUCAUGCACCGGCGGCCCUGGAGAUGCUUCUCAAAGAUGCCGUGGUCCGCGAAUUCCUUGAUGAAGACGAUAAUAAACAAGAAACGCCGUCCAACAACCGUCGUGCAGACACGCUUGCGGCGGAGACGGCCACCUAUGACGCUGUGCAGCCGGGCGUCCUCUCGCAAUUCUGGACAAAGAUCAGCACAUCAAUCAUGCGCCGUGAGCCGAAUCCAUUCUAUUCGAAGCUCAAAUUCUCCCGGGCCUAUGAGGAACUCGAUCCAAAAGCCAUGGCCCGAGAAGUCGUUUCCGCUGCAGAGCAACGAAAGCGGGCGCAGCGCGAGUACCUUCUCAAGCACCCCAGCUACAACAAGUCUCUCUUCAUCUUCGCCCCGGGCAAUCCUAUCCGCAAACUGUGUCAACGGAUCGUCGGGCCUGGGCGCGGGAACCAGCGUGCGGAAGGGGUGGACCCCUACAAGCCCGUCUGGUACACCUUUUCGGCUUUUAUCUAUGCAGCCAUUGUUUCGAUGGUGCUGCUUGCCUGCAUUACGACCCCGAUCUAUCAACGGAAUCAUUUUGCGAACAGCAAAAACUGGUUCGUCUACACCGAUCUGGGCUUUGCGGUUGUCUUCACGGUCGAAGCAAUCAUCAAGGUGAUUGCGGAUGGCUUCUUCUGGACGCCCAACGCGUACUUCCGGGGAUCGUGGGGGUUCAUCGACGGAAUCGUCUUGAUUACACUGUGGAUUAGCGUCGUCGGCUCCCUCUAUUCCGACUGGAAUGUUUCUCGGGCCAUCGGAGCCUUCAAGGCUCUCAGGGCGUUGAGGCUGCUGAACCUCAGCGACAGUGCAAAGGACACCUUCCACUCUGUGAUCAUUGUCGGGGGGUGGAAAGUCAUUGCCACUGCUGCCGUAUCCAUGAGCUUUCUGGUCCCCUUUGCGAUCUACGCCGUCAACCUGUUCAACGGACAGCUUAUGGAGUGUAAUGACGGGAAUGUCAGUGGCAGCCUCGAUGCCUGCGUGGACGAGUACGCCAGCUCACCCUACAACUGGAACGUCUGGGCGCCACGCGUGGCCGCGAAUCCAUAUUAUGAUUUCGACAACUUUGGCAACUCGUUGUUCAUCCUCUUCCAGAUUGUAUCCCAAGAAGGCUGGAUCGAUGUCCAACAGAGCGCCAUGAGCAUCACAGGCGUGGACGUACAGCCACAAGAUAAUGCAUCCCCGGCCAAUGGUCUUUUCUUCGUGGUCUUCAACCUUCUCGGCGCCGUCUUCGUGUUGACCCUGUUUGUGUCUGUGUUUAUGCGCAACUACACGGAACAGACUGGCGUGGCGUUCCUGACUGCCGAACAACGCUCGUGGCUGGAAUUGCGGAAACUCCUGCGGCAGAUCUCACCGUCGAAACGCUCCCUUGACCAAAAGAGCAAGCAGUGGCAAAUACGGUGCUACAAGAUCGCCGUCAAGAAACAUGGGCGGUGGGCGAAAUUCGUCACCGGGGUUCUGAUGCUGCAUCUGUUACUCCUCGUGCUUGAGUUCUAUCCGGAGGUGAAGAUGUGGGACUACAUUCGAGGAGCCCUCUUCUUCCUGUUCACCUUUGUCUACUUGGCGAACGUGAUCAUUCGGGUCAUCGGAUUAGGCUGGCAGCGGUUCACCAGAAGUUCCUGGGACCUGUACUCCAUGGUCGCCGUGCCGGGCACCUUCACGACCACCAUUCUGAACCUGAUCUCCUCCAACCAGGCGAUAUUGAUCCUGAACAAGCUCUUCCUCGUCUCCAUCGCGCUCAUGCUCAUACCCCGGAACAACCAGCUCGACCAGCUGUUCAAGACGGCAGCCGCCAGUUUCACGGCGAUCGGCAACCUGCUGGCCACGUGGUUUGUCCUGUUCCUGGUCUUCGCAAUCGCCCUGAACCAAACGUUCGGCCUCACCAAGUUUGGGGAGAACGAGACCAACAACCUCAACUUCCGCGAUGUUCCCAAGGCCCUCAUCUUCCUGUUCCGAACCAGUUGCGGCGAAGGAUGGAACCAGCUUAUGGAGGACUUUGCCGGGCUCGAGACUCCGUUUUGCACGUAUAGCGACAACUUUCUCGACAACGACUGCGGCAGUGCGGUCUGGGCCCGAACGCUCUUUAUUGCCUGGAACAUCAUCAGCAUGUAUAUUUUUGUAUCCUUGUUUGUCUCGCUCAUCUUCGAAAGCUUUUCCUAUGUCUAUCAGCGGAGCAGCGGCCUGUAUGUCAUCAGUCGGGAGGAAAUCCGUCGCUUCAAACAGGCCUGGGCCACCUUUGACCCGGACGGCGUGGGAUACAUUUCCAAGGAGCAGUUUCCCAGACUACUGGGGGAACUCUCUGGAAUCUUUGCAAUGCGCAUAUAUGAAGGCGAGUUUACGAUUGGGAGUAUACUGGAACAAUGUACGGUCACCCGGCGCGACUCUCUAGUGCCCGGUAUGAGGUCUGUCGACGGCGUGGAUCUAGACAAACUGUCGGAGAUUGUGCAGCGGCUUCCUGUCGAGACGAUCCGAAAACGACGACAGCGACUCAACAUCUUUUACGAGGAGGUGCUGGUGUCUGCGGAUCCCGUGCGCGGCAUCUCCUUCCACUCGUGUCUCAUGAUCUUGGCGCAUUACAAUGUCAUCAGCGACAGCAAGAGUCUGCGACUCGAGGAGUUUCUGCGUCGUCGGGCCCGGCUGCAGCGCGUUGAAGAGGCGGUCCGUCGCAACACGGUCAUCGGCUUCUUCGACACGCUGUACUGGUCUCGCGAGUUUCGUCGCCGGAUCAAGGCCAAGCAGGCCUCCCGGAUGGCCGAUGUGCCGCAGUUUUCCGUCCCGGAGAUCUUUGUGGACCAGCCAGAGCAGAGCAAUAACGAGAACCACGGAGAUCAUCAUCACCAUGUGGAUGGGGGGGAUUCAACUUCCGCGGGCCAGACGACCACCACCACCACCACCACCACCACCACCGACGAACCCAUGCAGCCGAUGCUGUCCCCGACGUCGCCGCUCAGUGGAACCAGUAGCAGCCCCCGGUUCGGGGUGCUGCCCAAGAUCGACACCAACCUGGGAAGCCUCAGCUCACCGACGGAGUGGUCGAGCAUCAGCCCAUCCCUGUCGCCACGCCGCAUGACGGACGAGCCGACAACAGCAUACUAUGGCACCGACGUGCCGGCCAGCCCGCACACGGCGACGGAACGGUCGCGCGCCAACAGCGCCGUGAGUGUGCAAGACGUGAUGGAAUCGCUGGGCAAUUCCGCCUGGGGCGAGAGUAUCCGCCGCAGUUUCACGCAGCGCCGAUCCGGAGGAUCCAAAUAAAUUUUCACCUUCUUCUUCUUCUUCUUCUUCUUCUUCUUCUUUUUUUUCUUCCCUUCCUGCCUAGAUGGUUUUUUUUUUUUUUU